GUCUUUGGCAUUAGGUGACGUAUGCUCGCCCCACACCAGAUAGUCUUUGUCGGUAUUAUUCAAUUUUGAGUUGUGUAAUUCCAUCUGAUAACCUAUAUCCAAGAAUUAACCAUCCACGGUUUAAGAUGUACUAAAGUAAAGUCUCACACUUACGUUCUAUCUUUCUGUAAAAUGUUCUUUAAUACUUGUUAAACUUGGAUUAGUGAAUGAAAAUGUGCUGCGAGCAUCCCUGCUGGUCAGGGAGGAGCCCCAGACUCGCUACCAUAGAGAUUUAUGUCGUGACCCAAACUAAAACCAAGUGCGUUCACAAGUGCCAUGUUUUACAUAGUUGUAUCAAAUUCAUACACUGUAUUUAUUAUGUAGUAGACAGUCGGAGCGGAAGCAAUCUUGGUAAAGUCUAGCCAAAAUAAGACACCCAGCUACUAUUUUAUCUGCAUUCAUAUAUUUUAUAAAACGAAACAUAUUUCAUGUGUUGUUCAGUAGUCUAGCUUAUUUAAUUAAAGCUUAGGAAACUCACCCAGCACAGUGCUUCGAGAAUUGAUAAAAUACAUUAAUGUUUAGACUGGCUUAUGAUAGGCUGCUCAGAAAUGUUUCUGUUCUCUGAUAGGUCAGGUUAAAUUUAACUUGAGACAUUUUAGAUGUGAAAGGCAAAGGCUCCCCCUGGUGUAAGAGAGCUAUAAAGCAUGGCUUUUGUAAUUCUCACAGUAUAGCUAGCUCAGCACUUCAGAAUUUUAAACAUAGAGAACUAUUGAAAACUAUUGCCACAGAUAAACAGAAAUGUGCUCUCUUGAAUAUUUGUCUCAGAAAAUGCUUUCCUGUUAAUUUCAGUUUUGCUUUUAAGUUUGCAUGUUUGAUGGGAUUUGUUUUAUCCACCGUCCGUGGCUUUGGAUAUAUACAUUUUAAAGUUUUAUUUAAUGCCUUUAAAGUCAUCUGUCAGCAGUGUACAGUCUGCACUAUCCCUUCAGAAUCCCCCACUCUCAAGGUGUUAGGUUACUGGGAAGUGUUGCUCUUGGAGCUGGGUUUGAGUCAUAUUGCCAUAAUUUCAUUCAUCUCUUUAUUCUACCAACUAUUUUGUGUAUAUUCUCCCUGUAGAUUUGUUUGAGAUACCUUGUUUCUUAGGAAUUACUGGAGACGGGAGGAGUUAGUAACUUUGCUAUAAUUAUCCUCAUUUUAAAAAAAAUCCUUUGAAAUACCAUAUCUACUCACUUAUCCGGUCAGUUUGAAGUAAGAGUCAACUUCAUCUCAAGUAACGUGACACUGCACUUUCAAAGAAAGUGAGAUGCAGAUAGUAAAACUACUGUUUAAGUUCUGUAAAUGUGUUGUCCUUAUUAUUACGUCGUGAAGAGUAAUUGUUUCAUUGUUUGUUUUUGUGUGGCUUAGAUUAGCUACCUCUGUAAGAAGAAUCUCAGAACAUUUCUUAAGGCCCUACGAUGCUUAGUACAUCAUGCUUAGUCUGAGGCAGGGACAAAAAGGCAAACGCUUGUAAGCUUUGUUAUUAGUAACAUAUUAAAGAGAAAAGACAUUUCGGUGUAGUUAGCCUUCCCCCAGUCAGCAAGUUGAAUUCUAGUUGUUAUGGAUAAAAAUGUGUGUGGUUGGAUUUAAAUGGAGAUUUAUUUCAGUCAACGCCUUAGUGUUGCAGACUGAUUACAGAAUCAUAUUUUGUUUUUAGCCAUAACUAAAGUGUUUACAGAUAUACUGUGACAUUUGUUAGAGAAAGAAAACUUGUCUAUUUCAUUAAAGCGUAUACACAUCUUCAACUUCUGUUCAUGGAGACAACAAAUAUGUCAUCUGAAGUGUUGCCAGCAUCCAUUGAGCCUCCUAAUGUAGAAGGAAAGCCGGGCGCUAGUGACAGUGAGGAGGAGAGACAGAAGCCGAGAGUGGAUGCAGGGGCCCAGCCAAUAUCUAAACGGCAACUGAAGAAGCUGAUGAAACAGAGACUAUGGGAAGAGCAGCGGGAACAGCGCAAGGAAAAACGAAAAGAAAAACGCAAGAGAAAGAAAUUAGAACGACGGUGUCAGCUGGAGUCCAACUCAGAUGGAAACGACAGGAAACGGAUCCGAAGACACGUUGCUCCUAGCAACCUCCGCCUUAUCAUUGACUGCAGCUUUGAUGACUUGAUGGUGUUAAAGGAUAUUAAGAAACUUCACAAACAGAUUCAACGAUGUUAUGCAGAGAACCGCCGAGCAUCACAUCCCGUUCAGUUUUACUUGACAAGCCAUGGAGGCCAACUGAAGAAGAACAUGGAUGAGAAUGACCAAGGAUGGGUCAACUGGAAGGAUAUUCACAUCAAGUCCGAGCACUAUAGUGAACUCAUAAAAAAAGAAGACCUGGUUUAUCUGACGUCGGACUCACCUAAUGUAUUAAAGGACUUAGAUGAGUCAAAGGCCUAUGUGAUUGGAGGGUUAGUGGACCACAACCACCACAAGGGACUCACGUUUAAGCAAGCAUCCAGUUAUGGAAUCAAGCAUGCACAGCUCCCUCUUGCAGAGUUCGUGAAGAUGAAUAGUCGAAAAGUCCUGGCGGUUAACCACGUGUUUGAGAUUAUCCUGGAGUUCCUGGAGACAGGAGACUGGCAAGAGGCAUUUUUUACAAUCUUACCCCCACGGAAAGGAGCUGUCCCCGCACACCAGGCCUGCGAAAGCUCUCCUCAGAACCACCAGGCCCUGCCAGGAGGAUGGGACAGUGCCAGCGAGGGAGAGCAUGGCAGAGAUGAUCCUGGCUCGCCGCACAAAGAGCAGCAGGGCCAGCAAAGCAGCUCGGUUUCUGCAGUGAGCCCUGACCCACAGUAACCUUCCCCUGUUCUCCUGCUUCAGAGGAACCAGACAGUGUGGUCGGUGCUUCCCAGAAUGCUCAGACUGCGAGAAAGUUUUCUCUCGCCUCUGUUGUGGAAUUUUAAAUCUUUUUAAAGAGUUAAAUGAUAACGAAAAACCCUUUAAGCACUAAGAAAGGAUUGCUUGGUUUUGUGUAAGAAGAAGGCUCAAAGGUGUGAUUUCAGACGAGCCUCACUCACAUCGGUCGUGGAGGCUGUUGCGUGGCGUGGGGUCUGCCUCCAUCCGUCCUUCACCAGGGCACGUCCUGCAGGGCCAGCCUGCUGACCCAGUGGUUCUUCCAUGUUCCUCCUCCCUGUGUCUCUUUGUCUGGUGGCUGUUUGUUGGAACAGAUAUUCAUAACUGUCCUGUGAGUCUUCUAAAAUGUUGGACUUGGGAAGCUACCCUUUCUUUCUGUAGCUUCUGUGUUCAGUUCUAAGAAAUAACAUUAAUUCUGGGAGGACACCGAUUGUUUGCUGGGCUCAACAAUCCAUUCUUUUUGGACAGCGGAGUUGACUCCUGUGCCUCCCUUGUGAUACCUUCUUAUGCUUCUGAAAUAGUCACAAGAAUAAUCUUAAGUCCCGUAGUGACAGUAACUUACUCAAUUACACAAGUUUUGCUGGAUAGAUUACUUUAUAAGGUUACUUCUGAAGAAUCAAUUUGCCUUUACCUCAGUUAAACAAAACAAAGGAGCUAUCCUUUCCAUUUAUUUUCUACAUAUUUAACAGAUUUCCAUAAUGUUAGCAUUUAACAUAAUGUGAAUAUUGUACAUCUUCCGUCCUGCUGUAAUAUCCCAGCCAGUGUAAAUGUGUUUCUGUAAAUACCAUGUGCACGUAAUGUUGACAUCUGUCACAUCACAUUUAGCUUUCAUGCCUUAAUCCACGAUGGCAGGCUGAUACGUAUUGUUUGUGGAAAGGUUGUAUUGAAUUCACUAAUUUGAAUUCAUUAACCAGAAAUUAAACAGCGGUUUGGAAGCUGAUGAAGACAGAGCAGAGGGGUGCCGUUAGGCUUUUGCACAGUAUCUGCAGAGAAGUGUGUUUAGAUCACAUGCCCCUUACACACGUGCAGUGGAACCUCAGGAGCGGUCACUGAAUUGGGAGGAAAUCAGCUUCUGGUCUUUUCUCUUUAUUAUGUAAUGUAUGUGCUGUGUUAACACCAAUUUAGAGGGAAGCUCACUAGAUCUGGUGUGGAUGUUCACUGCCUGCUUUUGUUGCUUUAUUCCUAGUUACCUAUGGUAGCUAGGUCCUUCAACGUCCACAAAGGUGUGUUAACAGAGUGCAGUUCUUAGUGAGUAAAGUCAGUUCAUGUUGUUACUGUACUUUUCUAAGAUUCAGAUUUGGUGAGAUGUCCCCUGUGUGCCCGUGUGUUUGGAUACUUGGUCUCCACUGAUGGUUCUGUUUUGGAGGUUGUGGGACCUUUCUAAGGGGAAGCAUGUCACUUAGGGUGGGCUUUUCCUGUCUACAGCCAGCCCUGUUUCUUGUGUGAUCACCACUUCCUGCCAUCCAGGCCAGCCUAAUGUUCCUGAUGGCAGGCCUUCCCUGCCACGAUGGACUAUAUACCUCCUGUAGAGCUCUAACCAAAUAAACUCUCCUUCCUUACCUCCUGUAGAGCUCUAAACCAAGAUAAACUCUCCUUCCUUA